AUGUCACAAAGCCUGACUGAGUUCUCGCUAGAGGAAAUAAAGCAAGCAACGAACAAUUUUGGGGAGAGUAAUCUUAUUGGGUAUGGAAGCUUCGGCCCAGUUUAUCUUGGGCUUAUCCGAGACAGGAUUCUGGCGAUCAAAAGGAUGCCAGAUUCUCUUCAUCGUAGAUUCAUGGCUAUGUGUCAGGUUACUAAACUGUCUAAAAUUCGACAUUGUAAUUUGGUUAAUCUUUUCGGUUACUGCUGCGAGACCGGACAUCAAAUGCUCAUCUAUGAGUAUUUGGCUAACGGUAACAUGCAAGAUCAUCUAUACGACUCCAUUGACUUAAACUUCAAGAAAAGGAUAUAUAUAGCUCUGGGAGCAGCUAAAGGUUUGCAACACUUGCAUAGCUUAAACCCUCCAUUGACACACAAUAGAUUCAAGAUGUCUAAAGUUUUACUCGAUGCCGACUUCAAUGCGAAAGUUUCGGGAUUGUCAAGAUUGCUUGAGAUGAGAAAAGAAGAAGCUAAUGUGUAUGAUCCAGAGACUUUCAAUGAGACCAGCGAUGUGUAUAGCUUUGGUUUGUUCCUCCUAGAGCUCAUAACCGGUGAAGAGCCUAAACCGUUAACAUCAAACGACGAAAUGAUUCAAUGGUUAGGUCCUCGGAUUUGUUCAGACAGAUUUGUGGAUCAGAAAAUGAAUGGAACUUUCACAAGAGAAGCGUUGAACAGUGUUGUGAAGAUAAUGCUGAAAUGCUUGAAAUUUCCGGCGAUUGAACGGCCAAAGAUGGAGGAAGUCGUGACGGAGCUCGAGAAGAUUUACAAUAACGAUUUCACCGGUGAAGAAGAAGGUUCGACCAAGUUUUCUCUAGGAAGCGAGCUUUUUACAAUUUACGAGUGAGAGUUAGAGUGAGAGCAAGAACAAGCUAGCAUUUUUUGUUUCUGUUUGUUUUGGGUAAUCAGAUUUGUCUCAGAUUAUCUCAAAACUCUAGAUAAGAUUCUGAAAAAUCCAGACUUUUGCAAUUUGCAACAACGAUCAAUCUGAAACUUAUCAGCUCGU